CUUUCGUAAUGAAGUGUUUCAUUCUAUAUUAUGUUGUCAUUGUUAUGUGAUCACUAGACGUAUUCUGUAACAUGUCACAUGAAUUUUAUUUUACAUGUAUUAAAUUAAAAAUUUAAAUAUUGACAUCACUAGUACAUAGCGCUCGUUAAACGGAUAUGACAUAAUUUAUGCUAUUUUGUAUAUUAAAUAUAUUCCAUAAAAAUGGGAUAAGAGAUCAUAUUGUAUUUACUUAAUCCCUAAUUAAGUUUAAAUUUCCAUUCCAGCUUAAAUUAAGCAUUGACGUAUAUACGUAUAUAGCAAAAAGCGUAAUGAUUUCUCUUUCUUCUUUAAUUAGAUGGUUCAUAUGGAUAUUGAUGCUGAAAAGAAAUAUUUUUUCGAAGCACUAUGCUUGUUCCAUGAAAUGCAGUGGCUGCAUAACGUACCAGUUACUGAAAUUUUAACGAGAAGAUCUUUAGAUGCAAUUCCCAAAGGAUGGACAGAGCAGCUAGAGAUCUUAAAAAAUGAAGAACUCAAUAACUUUGCGAUGGGAAAGACAAUAAAAGCUGAAUGGCCUGAUUCAUUGAAAGCGUAUCUUAGCAGAUGUAAAGAGAUCAAUAGACUACCACUCGUUCCUGUACUAUCUUCUGUGGAAUUGCCAAAAAAUUUUAGAACAGGACUCAGCCAAAAGAAACAACACGAGAUAAUGCAUUUAGCCAAUUUAGUGCACGAACAAUGUACACCGCAUAAUAUACAAACAAUUAUUGAUUUAGGUGCAGGAUUGGGAUACGUAUGCCAAAUGUUGCAUCACUUAUACGACUACCGCGUGGUGGGUUUGGAGGAAAACGAAGAGAACGUAAACAAAGCGUGCGCUAGGCAACAGAAAUUGUAUCCCGAGUCGUUGACUAGAGUGAAAUACAUCCAUUGCAAAGUGACAUGCGAUUCCACCGAUACCAUAGAAUCCAUUUUGCGGCGAGAGUUUCCUGACGCUACCGAAACGUGUUUAAUCGGUCUGCACGCCUGCGGAGAUCUCAGCAUAAGCGCGUCAAGGAUUUUCUGCAAAAUAAAAUCCGUUAAACUUUUCAUUCUGAUUUCCUGCUGUUAUCAUAAACUGUCAGUCUCGAAGAGUGUACGGAUACCGUUACAAGAAAAGCAAUACUUUCACAAUUUCCCUACGUCCGAUUGUCUGCGAGAAGUGAUCGCGUUGCACGAUUUUGACACGGGGCAGUUUCUAAGAGCGCCCUUUUUCCGACUAGCGUGUCAGGAAUCGGCGGAGAAAUGGCGCGACAUGACCGAGGAGAAACAUGUCGAACAUUCCUUUCACGUUCUCGCCAGAGCCGUGCUCGAAUUGUACUCGAAACAAAAUAAUCUUCUUCUCAAGAAAAAGGUUCGGAAAGGCACGAGAAAGUCACAGUGUUCGAAUUUCCAGACUUACUUUAAGGACUCAUUAGCAAGAUACGAUUUAGUGCGAGAUACCGAUGAAAAGUUAACAGCUACCACGUUCGCGCGUGAUGAAUUGGAGGCGAGUAUAACGCGAUUAUGGGAAGAACAUAGUAAAAAAUUAAAAGUCGUGGAAGUUUAUACUGGACUGCAAAUGAUGCUACAGCUGCCAGCGGAAUCAUUGAUCUUGCAAGAUCGAUUAUGCUGGCUACGGCAACAAGGUUUGAAAGCUGUUAUCGUGCCUGUGAUGAACAAGUGUGUAUCUCCUCGUUCGUACGCGAUCGUGUCUCAUAAACGAUGAAACUUAAUAAUAUAUUUCGAUACGUAAAACGAAUUAAUUGAAUCGUCAAAUUUGAGAAUAAUAAUAAAAUCUAUAUUUGGAAAAUGCAA